AUGUCUCGUGCCGUGUUCUUCACGUUCUUUACUCUGGCUUGCAUUUUCAUUUCCGCUGUACACGCGCUUCCUGUGCCAGCUCUGGACAAGCGCGAUACCUAUGAGGGCCGGGGCACUUACUACCAAACUGGCCUGGGUGCUUGCGGAUACACUGACAACAACAGUGACCCAAUCGUAGCCGUCUCCCACCUAAUUUACGGGGAUGGGGGAUAUUGCAACCAGUGGGUGCAGAUUACGAACACUGCUAACGGUGUGACGAAGUCUGCCCAAGUUCGUGAUAAAUGUCAGGGAUGUGGCUCAUCGGAUCUCGACAUGAGCCCUUCGCUGUUUCAAUCCCUCGGAGCGAGCUUAUCUCAGGGCGUCCUGCAGAUUGACUGGGAAUUUUCCUCCUAA